AUGGACGGCUCAGACUCACUAGACGCUCUCGCAAACAUCCUUAAUGACUUAGCAGAAAAGCCGUACGACGUCUCGGUGCACACACGCCACAUUCAGUUGGCUCAGUCCUUCGAGGGCUUGGAAGCUGAGGCCCUGUCAGCGCGGGAGAUGAUGACGCAGCUUCUAGCUGCCGGAAAUGAUGUGUGGCUGCCGCUGCUGGAGGCGAAGGAGCAGACCGUCAAUCUUGACACCGCGGACGGCGUCCAGGAAUUGCUCUCACUUUACGCACGAGCCGAGGCCGAUUACUUGUCCAUUCCCAUUCUGCAGAAGCAUGUCGAAUUUAUCAUUGGACGCCACGAAUAUUAUGCCUCGGAGGUUAUGAAGCCCGAUGCACUGGGCGAACUCUUCACAACUUCGUGGACCCGCCGGGCCCUUGGAGAGGUUGUUUCGAAAGGAACAAUCCACCUCACUCAUGGCCAUAUCCUAUGGGAUGCACAACGCGAUUGGGAACUGGAGAUGCUUGAAAAAGCUUCAAACUCUGACCGACCAGGACUGGUAGAACAUGUUCAAACCCUCUUCCUUACACGCCUUCGCCAGCCACACUCGACAAUGGAAGACACCUUUCAAACGUAUUCAUCAUUUACGACGAACUACUGUCCUCCGCAAGACUACGAAUCUCUACUCGUUUCUGCUUCAAAACUUCGCAGCCAAAGUGUCAGGAAUUAUGAUCGCCGAGAGCAAUGGGAAAUAAAACUCACUCAGUCUCAAAACUCUCUCGACAUCUUCAACCAAUAUAUUGGAUACGAACGCCGUGCAAAAUAUCCCGACAUCUUUGUGACUCGUGGCGUCUACGAAAGAGCAAUUGCAGAGGCCGGCAGGCGCAGAUUUAAGGGUGAAGCUGGAGCCGAAGAAGCUCUGCGCCUCUUCUGGGCAGGUUACUGUGAUGCUCUUCGUAUUUUGGAAGUCGGCAUUGACGUCGAGUUGGAAACCUACCGACGAGCUGUCAGGAGUGUACCGGGUUCUGGAGAAGUCUGGGCGAGGUACCUGAGAUUUUUGGAACGGGUGUCAGAUGAUAUCUCUGAAGGGCUUGAGAGCGUAGCGGACGUCUACAACAGAGCUCUCGAGGCAAAGAUGAUCCAGGCGGAUCUCAAUCAACUCAUCCCUGUAGUUUUGGCUCGUGCCGGUUAUGAAAAGCGUCAGCUGGAGGCUGGAAGCGAAGAUGAAGACGCCCUACCAACCCUCAUUGGCAUAUUGGAGAGCGGCAUCGAAAUGGCUCGACAAGCGUCCAAAGCUAUUGAUCCAACCCUACGCCUCGAGAAGUUCCUUGCCACAAUCUACGAAAAUGCUGGCCUCGCCGAUAGCGUUUUCGAUGCCUGGAAGGCAGCUGCCAAGCAUUCAAAGUCAAGUUAUCAAGUGUGGUUGAACUAUACCGAAGCUUUAACCAAGCACCAAAAAUACGCCGAAGCUCGAACCGUCUUCACAGACAUCCAUGCCAAGCAGCUUGAUUGGCCUGAAGCUAUCUGGGACGCAUGGACCUCUUUCGAACACCUCCACGGCUCUCUGGAAGAUAUCGAGGCAUGUAUGGAUAAAAUCGAGAAAGCCCAGUAUCAGACGAACGCUCGACGGGCGAAGGACGCCGAGAAAGCUGCGUACCAGGCAAUGCAGGCAGCGGCGGAUGCCCAGGCAACAGCACUGAUCAACUCUAUCGUCGCCGUGCAAGGUGUUGAGACGGCUGCAAGUGCGGACGUGCCUAUGGAUGUGGAUCGGCCAGCUUCAGACCGCGGUACGAAACGGGGUGCGGAGGAGGAACCUGCUCCUGAUCCACAUAAGAAGGCACGAGUUGAACAAAAACCACCACCUCUGAAAAGAGAUCGGGAAAACUCUACCGUUUUCGUUGCAGAUUUGCCUGACGAUGUCGCAGAAGGCGACCUCAAGAACCUGUUCAAAGACUGUGGGUCGAUACGUGAGGUAAAGAUUACAAGCCUGGCUUCGACGCUGGUAGCCACCGUGGAGUUUGUCGAUCGAGACAGCGUCCCUGCAGCACUGACGAAAGACAAGAAGCGGGUCAACGAUCAAGAGAUCUCCGUCCAUCUGGCGUGGAAGUCGACUCUGUAUGUCACGAACUUCCCAGAGGCCACCGACGACGUGGCUAUAAGAGAAAUGUUUGGAAAGUACGGAACGAUUUUUGAUGUUCGGUGGCCGAGCAAGAAGUUCAAAAAUACAAGGCGAUUCUGUUAUGUACAGUUUACGUCUCCUGAUGCGGCCCUGAAGUCGCUUGAGCUGCAUGGGCGGGAGCUCGAGCCGAAUGUUACUCUUAAUGUUUUCAUUUCGAACCCGGAACGGAAGAAAGAAAGAACAGACCAGGAUGCAAAUGAAAGAGAAGUUUACGUUGCAGGUCUUAGCCGAUUUACCAGUAAAACAGACCUUGAGAAACUUUUCGCGACUUAUGGGCCCGUGAAAGAAGUUCGCAUCGCUCUGGAUGAUGACGGGCAUGCCAGAGGCUAUGCUUUCGUCGAAUUCGAAGAAGCUAAAGAUGCACAAAUGGCUCUAGGAGCGAACAACUAUGAAUUGAAGAAACGUAGGAUAGCAGUCACUCUAGCUGAUCCUCGCAUGCGCGCUCGUCACAAGUCAGAGCUUGGCCUGAGUCGCGCAACUGAGGCACGCAACCGGUCCGUCCACAUAAUAAAUUUGCCACCUGCAACUCAGGAAGGUCUCUUGCAACAAGCUUUAGAGAAAAUUAUACCCGUUAAGCGCGUCGAAGUCUUUCUCGACAAGCAAGAGGCCGUAGUGGAGCUUGAAAAUCCGGCGGAUGCAGGCCGACUUCUCUUGCGGACCGAACCCAUAGUGUUUGGGGGUAACGAACUUGAGCUGAGCGAAUCUGCUCCAUCCACCCGUCCUUCCGGUCGGACUCAGCAGAGCAGCGAAGCGAUGUUCAAGCCAAGACAUCUCGGCCUAUCGAGGCCUAAGGCAGGAUUAGGGUUUAAGAAAACUCAGCCCAGUCAGCCGGCCGCCAGUUCUUCACAGACAGCGUCUUCAUCGUCCUCUGGUGGAAAGCAACAGGACGAUUUCCGCAAGAUGAUGGCUAAGAAGUAG